CACGCAGUUCCCGCUAAACGAAAGCGUCCAUCACUGAUCGCAGCGGUAUAGUUUCAUUGCUCUUUCGGAUCCUCGAUUUCGGUCAAAAAAUGGACGUGGGAUUUGGAGCAAUCCAAGAGGUGGUGGAUAUAUGCGACACCAGGGUCAAGAUGGAGCCAGAUGAUGUGGAGGAGAAUGAUUUAACGGAUAGUGGCAUGGAAAUAUCAAACGCUGAGGAAUCCAUGAAAAUAAUCGAGGAGAGCUCCCACAUGAUAACUGUUCCUGUCAGGGAUACCGAGACGGAGGACGAGCGCCGCUUGAUCCUCAAUGCGCAACAGUUAUUUCAAGCUUCCUCAGCAGAAGAUACAAAGACAUUUGAAUGCCAUAUAUGUCACUUUCCGUCCUACACCGAACGGGAUAAUUCCGCCCAUCUUUCCAAUCACCAAAAGAACCUUCAUUUUUGCCUCUAUAUGUGCGGAGUUUGGGUAAACUCACUUGAAAAGGUACUAGAACACGAGUACCGCUACCAUUCUCAGCCAGGAAGUGACCUCUCUUGCAGAAUCUGUGAUUUUUCAACCCAAAGUGCCGACAAACUGGCCAACCACAUGGAAAACCAUUCCACUGUCUAUCGUUUUGUCUGCUCCCUAUGUCGAAGAGAUUUCGAGUCGUCCCAGGACCUUAGGAUACACCGCAAAGUAAGUAAUGCAAUCUGUGGUCGCGUGCAGUUUAAGCAAACCAGGGCUGAGUUGGUGGCCAGCAGUAAACGAGUUUUCCCCCGGGUUCGGAACAAUGUUUUGGUAAAAACAGAACCACACUAUACUCAGGAAUGGGAGACUUGUCCUCCCAUAAUUGUAAAAACGGAACCAGAUGAUGAGCAAAUGUCAGAGAUGGAUAUUAAACAGGAGAUCGAACCCUCGGAACCGUCGAAGAGUAUCUGGUCAAACCUACCAGUUUGUCUCAGAGGCAAACUGCGCUUGCCAGCUCUACCCGCUGAAGGUCGCAAUAAACUAUCCCCCAAAAUAUCUAUUGAUAAUAUGAAUUGUAUACAGCAGACCACAGACCAAACGCACAAGAAACCGAUUGCAAUGAAUAUAUUGAAAUCUUUGCCCACCAACUGCAUGUCCAUCACGCUCCCCUCGAGCACAAAAAUUCGAAAAAUCGAAGCUUUGGAGAACAUAAAUGAACCGAGUACUGUCGGUCAGGGCAAUGUAGAAGAGUCAUCCAGUACCUUUCAUCUCCCAAAAUCUAUCUCAAUACGCAAAGUACAGGCGGUGGAAAAAAGUAAAUUAAUUUCCACGCCAGUUGCCCCUGCGGCGCCAGAGCCACCGCUAAAAUGGACACUACCAAAGCAACUGCAGAACCGCAACCCUUUCGAGAUCUUAGAUGCGUACGAUAAUUUGAAAAGCAAGCCAGAGUCUAUGAAAAUGAUUUCCGAUAUCCGUAAUAAAAUACUAUCUAUUGAAAAGACGUUGCCAUUGCCUGGAACAGUGCUGCAGUCUCCAUUCCGCAAGGAUGGUCCAAAACCUGUCGAAGUGCUCCUAGACUCAUUAUCCUCUUUUGUGAUGAAGGAGCUUCGCGAAAAGUUUCCCAAUUUCCGUUUCCUGUGGAGUUGUCCCAUCUGCCCAUGGGCUUACGAAAAGAAUCGUGCAUUUCGCACGCAUUUAAGUACAGAACAUAGCCUAAAACCGGAUUUAUUAAACAAGCUUAAAGUUUCCAUAAAGCCAUACGAUUGUCGCCAAAAAAACGCUUUAAACGUACCAGUGCCAUCCAUAAAAAGCCUUGACUCACAACCACAAGUAUCAGAACCAUCUAAAAGCUUCGCAGAGAUUCCAACAAAGAAAGAGGCAAGUCCUUCCUUUGAAGAUGUGGAAGUUUCCAUCUCUCCAGCGGGUCAAAUACAAUCAGGAAAAAAAAAGAAGGAUAAACCAACGACACCUAAAGAGAGGAUCUCGACUUACCAGUGCUCGGAAUGCUCGAAAGUGUUUACUACUCACGGAGCCCUGCGCAUUCACAAAACCAUCCACACAGGGGAGCUGCCGUACAAGUGCGACUUUUGUGACAAACGUUUCCGCACUCCUGGUCAGGUGCGGGUUCAUCAUCGGCGUCAUACUGGCGAAAAACCUUUUAAAUGCAAGUUCUGUUCGCUAGAAUUUACCCACCGGGAAACCCUAAUUUCUCAUAUAUCUCGCCACAUUGGUAUGAAGCGAUACAAGUGUUAUGGAUGCGAUAAAAACUUCGUUGUUGUCAGCGGCUUGCGGGCUCAUCGCCGCAUCCGGCCUGAUACUUGCGGCAAGGUAAAGUUUACGGCUCGAGCUCAUGGGCCCCGGGUGCGGGUCAUCAAGGGAGAGGUAGUGUUUGAAUCCCAUCCGGAGCACAAUGGUUAUCUGCGGAGCGAGGAUCCACUUAACAUACUGUCGGAGCGAGGCCAAGUUGAUUUUAGUUCCCAUGAUAUUACAGAGGAUGAAAAGUGAUUGCACAUUGUGAAUGUUUUUGAAUUUUUGUGUUAUAAAAUACUUAUGUUUCAAAAAACAUUAAAAAUUGUAUUAAAAUUGUAAACAUUAAAAUUGUAAAGAUUUUCUAAAAAUUUCAAUGAAAUUGUAAAAGUUUUGAACAAUUA